CGGUGAGGGACGGGCGGGCUGGCCCAGGGAGGCGGUGGGGGCCGCUCUGUCAUCACUGUCCUUCUGCCUCCGGGAUUGCGGCUUCAGCGCGACGGGGCGAGCCGCGGAGCUGGUCCGGGACUAGUGGGGAAGUCGACAGGCGUAGGGGAGCGGCUGUGCUGCGGUCUGUCGGCCGGCCUGGUCGUUACAGGUUGAAACUGUUUGAAAAGAGGCCGCAUUAAGAGACUUGUCCCGAGUGCUGAGCCGUUCCAGGGGUGAGAUAUGUGUGUGUGUCUGCUUUAAGAGUAGCGAUGCGGAGAAACUACCGUGGAGGCACGGAGAGGCGUGGAUGGAGCCGUCACAAGCGCAGCCAGCAGCCGCAGCGGCGCGGAGGAGCCCGCCCCAGCAACCGCGCCCAAAGUCUGGAACAAGAAGAGCCACAGACCCCAGUGAAUGCAGGUCCCAGCAGCAAUGAAGAGCCUUCUUCAUCCAGUUCAACGCAGAACUCCGCAGCACCAGAGCUGCCAGGAUUUUAUUAUGACCCAGAAAAGAAUCGCUAUUUUCGCCUGCUGCCUGGACAUAAUAAUCACAACCCACUCACCAAGGACAGCAUUCAGCACAAGGCAAUGGAGUGCAAAAGACUGAGACUCCUAGAAGAGGAAGAAAAACAGAAUCAGAAAACAACAAGGGCUGGACUGAACUCAUCUGUGCUGUUACAGAAAAGGCAGCUGGGUUCCCUCAGCUCCACAAGUUAUUGCAGGCUAGUCCAUGAACUAAAAGUGAACUGCAUGCAGAGGAGGAAGAUAGAAAUUCACAGUCCGGAUUCCUCAGUUGCUGGAACCAACAAUUUUAAAAUCAUUGUGGCAGAUGUUGCUUGUGAACGAAUAUUCACUGUGAACGAUGUAGAGCAUGGAGGAUGUAAAUAUGGUAUCAUCAAUCUCAGCGGUUUGGGGAAGGAGUCUCUCACUGUGGAGAUGUAUGACAACCUCUACUUCACAAACCGCAAAGUGAACUCUGUGUGCUGGGCAUCACUGACUCAUCCAGAUUCUCAUGUUUUGCUGUGUCUCAUGGGAAUUGCAGAAACACCAGGCUGUGCCAGUCUGCUUCCAGCAUCGUUGUUCAGCAGCACUAACCCAGGAGAUCGACCUGGAAUGCUGUGCAGUUUCAAGAUAUCCACUGCCUGGUCCUGCGCUUGGUGCCUGAAUCCCCAAGCAGACAACUGCUUUAGCACAGGCCUGACACGACGAGUGCUUGUGACCAAUGUAGUGACAGGGCAUCGUCAGACAUUUGGAACCAGCAGUGAUGUGCUGGCACAGCAGUUUGCCACUCAGACCCCAGUGCUGUACAACGGCUGCCGUUCAGGUGAAAUUUUCAGCAUUGAUGUGCGCCAACGUAACCGCAAGGGGCAGAGCUGGAAAGCAAUUCGUCUCUUCCAUGGCUCAGCAGUUACAUCUAUUCACCUUAUGGAGGCUGAACAUUAUCUGAUGGCAGCAGAUAUGGCUGGAAAGAUAAAACUGUGGGACCUGAGAACAGCAAAGUGUGUGAAACAGUACAAAGGUCAUCACAAUGAAUAUGCUCUUCUCCCUUUGCAUGUAAAUGAGGAGGAAGGACUUCUUAUAGCAGUUGGUCAGGAUUGCUACACCCGAAUCUGGAGUCUCCAAGAUACUCAUCUGCUUAGAACCAUCCCUUCUCCCCACCCAUCAUCCAAAGAUGCCAUUCCCAGUGUGGUGUUUUCUUCAAGACUUGGGGGUAGCCGAGGAGUUCCUGGCUUACUCAUGGCUGUCAAACAAGAUCUCUACCACUUCUCCUAUAACUGACAUCUUCUCCUUAGACCUGGCCUACAAAGCUGCCAAUAUAUAUGUGACUUUAGAGUCUUUACACCAGUCACCAAGCUGUUGAGUCAUUAUGUGCUGCUGUUGCAUCUGCUUUGCUCAUCUAAUUGUGAGCCUCCUUCAGGAGUUCAGCAAAUCUUGCUGUAUACAUACAUCUCAGACCUCUUGUAAAUAAAAGCUGAACACUGAUUAACUGUA